ACCUCCGGUACACUGUAUUACAUAUUCAACAAUGCCACCGUUUGCAUUUAACCUUAUGUUGCAGUCAAUUAGUACUGGUGGAAAAGGAUUAUCAAGAGGAAGAAAGCAAAAAUUAUAAAACUGCAAGGUGAUCCAAGUGCACCAUAAUGGGAGACAAGCCGAGGUUUAAAUUGUUGCCUAAGAUCCUUAAUGGAGGGAUUGCUGGUAUUGUGGGAGUAACUUGUGUAUUCCCUCUUGACUUGGUAAAGACACGGCUGCAGAACCAACAAAUUGGUCCAAAUGGUGAACGCAUGUAUAAUUCUAUGCUUGAUUGCUUCAAGAAAACUUAUCGGGUGGAAGGGUACUUUGGCAUGUAUCGAGGCUCUGGUGUCAACAUUUUGCUCAUCACGCCAGAAAAAGCAAUUAAGCUCACUGCAAAUGACUACUUCCGUCAUCACUUAACUACUAAAGAUGGUAAACUUCCCAUUCAUCGUGAAAUGGCAGCUGGUGGAUUGGCUGGUUUGUGUCAGAUUGUUGUAACUACACCAAUGGAACUUUUGAAGAUUCAGUUACAAGAUGCUGGUCGAGUUGCAGCUCAGGCAGUAUCUAGUGGGCAAGCGAGUAUUCCAAAAAUCUCUGCAACAUCAAUCACCCUACAACUGCUUCGUGAAAAGGGUAUUCUAGGCUUGUACCGAGGGACAACUGCUACCAUGUUACGUGAUGUUUCCUUUUCCGUUGUAUAUUUUCCACUCUUUGCUCAUCUGAACUCCUUAGGGCCACGCAAGUCUGAUGGUUCAGGAGAGGCAGUCUUCUGGUGUUCAUUCCUGGCUGGUUGUGCAUCAGGAUCAUUAUCAGCUUUAGCCGUUAACCCUUUUGAUGUUGUUAAAACAAGAUUGCAGUUGCUAUCCAAAGGUGCUAAUGAGGCACAGUACAGUGGUAUCCUGAAUGCUAUUACAACAAUUCUGAAGGAUGAGGGGCCUCAAGCAUUCUUCAAAGGUGGAGCAUGCAGAAUGAUUGUAAUUGCUCCUCUGUUUGGGAUCGCCCAGAUGGUGUACUACUUUGGAGUUGGAGAAGCCAUUCUUGGGUACAAGAAGUGAAAAGCCACUAAUGAUAGUUUUAUAGUACAAGCUUUGAUAGACUUUUUUGUAUUGAUCAGAGAUAGUGGCAGCAAGAUUAUUUUUCAAAUACAGAUUUAUGAUUAUUAAUUUAAAUAUUAGGACUUGGUUAUGUAGGAGCAUUUUUAUUUGUUGAUGGCUUGUUGUUUGAAUGUGGUGGUAAUUUUAUAUAUAUAGAUAUACUCUAUAUAUAUAUAUUUCAUUUAGUCCAUAUAGCACGCGGACUUUCAACAUAU